CUCCACACUGGAGCAGCGGCGGCUGUUUGCGCUCAUCACAUCACACCUCCUGUGUUUGAGAUUUCCACCCAACUCUCCAGGCUGAAUCUAAAGGAGCCGGAUCUCCACCGCACAUCUCCGAGCUCUGCUUGUCGGCCGAGCAGGUGAAGAGGAGUAGAGAGGAUGACUGAGUACAAGCUGGUGGUGGUGGGAGCUGGAGGCGUUGGCAAGAGUGCUCUUACCAUCCAACUCAUCCAGAACCACUUUGUGGAUGAAUAUGACCCUACCAUAGAGGACUCGUACAGGAAGCAGGUGGUGAUCGACGGUGAGACAUGCCUGUUGGACAUUCUGGACACAGCAGGUCAAGAGGAGUACAGUGCCAUGAGGGACCAGUACAUGAGGACAGGAGAGGGCUUCCUCUGUGUCUUUGCCAUCAAUAACACCAAGUCGUUUGAGGACAUUCAUCAGUACAGGGAACAGAUCAAACGGGUAAAGGACUCGGAUGAUGUGCCAAUGGUGCUUGUGGGUAAUAAAUGUGACCUCCCAGCUCGCACAGUGGACACACGGCAAGCGCAUGAGCUUGCUCGAAGCUACGGCAUCCCCUACAUCGAGACCUCAGCCAAGACUAGACAAGGAGUGGAGGAUGCCUUCUACACACUAGUACGGGAGAUCCGACAGCACAAGUUGAGGAAGCUCAAUCCUCCAGAUGAAAGCGGACAGGACUGCAUGAGCUGUCGCUGCGUGGUGUCAUGAUUUAAGCUGACCUCUCCAAGUUCAUAAAUGGACCAAUGGCUUCAUGAGGCAGAGUGGAAGACAGACUGUAAUUACACGUGGAGAUCAAAGUAAAAGCAAAGUAAAUCACUGACUGCAAAAUGGACACUCGAGGAAAGACAUUGCCUUGCCGUGCCUGUGGUGACCCCGUCUUGCUGUCUACAUCUGCCUGAAACUCCCAACUAAUGACUUUUCCUAUUCAUUAACUUCCAAGUGCUAAUACUGGGCAGCUCCUUGGAUUUCAUCUAAUUUAUUAUACUCAUAAGUCUCAACACUGGCUUUUACUUGGAAGUCAGGCCUCUCGUGACUUAAGCACGAAAAAA